AUGCCUUCACAAUUCCCCGCUCCCACGGCGACUGCUCGCUACAGCUUCUUGGACGAUUACAGCGAAGGAGCUCACCCGGCCCUGCUCAAGGCCAUUCUCGCCGGCAACACCUCUCAAGAAGCUGGCUACGGAGGCGAUUCAUACUGCGAUCUUGCCAGGCAACGGAUACGUCGGCACUUGGGCCGCGAUGAUGUUGGAAUCUUCUUCGUCCCCAGCGGGACAUCAGCCAAUGCCAUAUCCAUCGCGGCAUGUUUGAGACCCCAUGAAGCUGCCAUUGCCGCAAGCUCGGGACACAUUGUCACAAGAGAGACUGGUGCGGUGGAAGCCAGUGGGCACAAAAUUAUCAACGUCGCGCCUAUCAAUGGCAAGUUGACACCCCAGAGCAUUCAACGCGCGGUGGACGAGAACUGGCAUUUCCCCCACAUGGCAAAGCCGAGGUUGGUGUACAUCUCCAAUGCGACAGAGAUUGGGACGAUAUACAAGAGAGAUGAACUUGCUGCAAUCAAGCAGGUUUGCGAACAAAAUCAGCUCAUACUCUUCCUCGACGGCGCACGCAUCGACAUCUUCUGGAUCGGGGGCACAAAGAACGGAGCGUUGCUUGGAGAAGCUGUGGUCGUCAAGGACGCUCGUCUAGCGACCGAGUUUGAGUUCUACGUCAAGCAGCAUGGUUCGUUGCUAGCCAAGAGCAGAAUCAUGGGCGCGCAGUUUGCAGAGCUUUUCAGAGAAGACCUCUACUUUGACCUCGCGCGGAUAGCUAAUUACUGCGCCGAGACGUUGUCCAGCGGUAUCGCAGCGGCCGGGUUCUCGGUUCACGCAGUGACGGAGACGAACCAGGUGUUUGCGGUGCUGCCCAUGAGCUUGAUCAAGGUUUUGCAAGAGCAUUUCAUCUUUUACGUUUGGGAGAAGCGAGGUGAUGAUGAGGCUGUGGUGAGAUUGCUCACGACGUGGGCGACGGAAGCAACAGAGGUUGAAAAGUUUGUCGGUUUGGUUCAGGGCUGGUCCGCUGGAGCUGCCGAAAGUCGGAUUUAA